AUGGUUAAUUUCAUUGCCCUGUCCAUUGCCACUCUAGCCGCUAUUGUUCCCCUAGCUAUGGCGGACAACUGCCGCACAGGGGUCAUGUACUGCGGCUCCACCCUUCAGAGGCGAGGAAACUACUACCAGCAAAUCCACGACGCCCUCGAGGAAGGCGGACAAGUCGCCGACGAAGCACACGUCAACGAUAGUCUCUUCUACUGCUCUGGAGGUUCGAACGGAGACAUUGUUUACCAGAUGUACUGCGAUGGAUGCCGGGAUGGUGGUGAUGGCAACAACGACUACUGCCCUUGAGCAGACUGAUACCAUGAGAUGAAAGCAAGUACCUGGAGUUGGC